UGAAAAAUGAUGACAGUAAUGAAAAGAAAAAAAGAACUCUGGAUAAAGGAAAUACGAAAGAUUCAUAUACUGAAUUAGAUGCAAAUUUAGAAACACAUCUUGUAAAACGUCGACGUCGAACUACAGAACAAGAAAAAGAAAUUCUUAAAGCAAUUCUCGAUGAUGAUAGUUUCUCUGAAAGUAAAGCUUUGACAAUUUUACAGCAACUUACUGAUCAAGGAGAAGAAGGAUGGACAUUACAACGUAUUCGAGUGUAUUGGAACAACCAUC